AGAUGCCCCGAUGCCCGCAUGCGUCUGGAACUCUUUAAACGCUACCGUUGGCGGACGUCUGCGAAACGCUACACCGUAUGCAAAGUCUUGUUUCAGUGGUUCGUUCGAUGAAGGGGAGUGUGCAGGGCUGAUAGAUGAGUACCUUGAUCCUGCCAGACGCUCCGACCACUUUGGCGCAUACAUCAACGCCGAAUGGGAGACGUGUCAAGCCACUGCAGAGGAAUGCGCUUUGAGAUGGAUGGGUGCGACGGCAAGGGAUGGACAGUGCAGACAAGGCGCGGUUCCUUCUUAUUAUAUUGAUGUCAGCGACCACACGGAUGUCGCAGCUGCAUUCGAAUUCUCGAGACGUACCGGCGUCCUGGUUGUUAUCAAGAAUACCGGGCAUGAUUACAUGGGCCGGAGCAGUGGACCUGGGGCGCUGGGUAUAUGGACGCACCACUUGAAAUCGAUGUCAUACGACAAGACAUUCGUUCCACAAGGGUGUGAAGCAACGAUGAACCCGGUUCCCGCUGUAACUUUUGGGAGUGGAGCCCAAUUUUCGGAUCUGUUGGCGUUCGCGAAUGAGAAUAACCUCACGAUACCUGGCGGGUCUGAUGCUACAGUCGGUGUUGGAGGAGGGUAUCUGCAGGGUGGCGGUCACAGCCCGCUGUCAAACAUAUUCGGACUAGCAGUGGACCGCGUACUCGAAUAUGAGGUUGCCGUACCCACUGGCGACUUUCUCGUUGCUAACGAGUGUCAGAACCCUGACCUGUUCUUUGCUCUACGCGGAGGAGGGGGUGGAACGUUCGGCGUGGUUAUGCAAGUGACCACACGAGCGCUACCCAGAGCGGAGCUUGUCACUGUAUCAGCGUCGUUCAAGCCUACGACUUCUAUUGAGAGGUUUUUGGAAUUCGUCAUUCCUUAUUCGGUCGGAUGGGCGAAAGAUGGCUGGAGUGGGUACAUAUAUACUGCGGGGAUAUUCCACCUGAGUAAACUCGACACUACGGAGGUCGACGCGCUUGCAUACAUGGCCCCACUCAAGACAUUCCUUUUGGAAGAGCUCUACAUCGAACUGCAAGUGUCGACAAGUCACUCGUACGGAGAUUUCCACGAGAAAUAUCUCCACCUUUCCUCUGUCGGCUUGCCGAAAUGCAUCCCCGUGUUCCCAGCCUCGCGGCUCAUCCCCGCAGAAACCUUUUCUGACUCACCCAAGGAACUUCUGAAAACCCUGAUGCAGCUCAUAAACGCCCUCCCUGCAUCGUUCAUCUUUGCGAAUGCGCCGUAUGUGUUCCCUGGAGAUGGAAAGACGAGCGUGACAGGGGCGUGGAGGAGGAGUAUCUGGGACGUAACCUUUGGCCAGGUAUGGGACUACUCGGCGUCCCCUGCGGAACAAGAAAAGGCGUACCGCAAUCUAUCAAGAAGUAUGGACCCGCUGAGAGCGAUCACGCCUGGAGGCGGAGCAUAUGGAAACGAGGCGGAUGUGUAUGAGCCUGAUUGGGAACGCUCGUUUUGGGGUGAGAAUUAUGAGGAACUGGUGAGGGUGAAGAGGAAGUAUGAUCCGGAGCAUCUUUUAGACUGUUGGCGGUGUGUGGACUGGAAGGGAGCUAGUGAUCCUAGGUACCAUUGUUACUUCUAAGAGCUUGGAGUGAUUCCGAUGCGCCUCUGAAUCUAUGAUGACAGAGCCUCUGCAUGAAGUCGUCCAGCUUGCUCUUUCGAAAAUCCAGCGAGCCUUCGUUUGAUAUAUGGGACAUGGAUUUCUGCAUUUCCUUUUUUUGUGCUUAAUCGAAGCUAAGGGGAUG